AUGGCGGAUCUGGGAGCUCAGCAAGGACGAGGUUACCGGCCUGGAGGUUCCCGUGGCCCUGCUUCUUCCUUCCAGCGAGAUGCUGCCUUUUCAGAAAUUUUCGGAGGAACGCCGCCUCCAGGCCGGUCUCAAACGAUGACAUCGCAUACUCCACAGUUCAACCAGGAACGCGCCCACACGAUGACAUCUCACCCAUCCGACUCAUACGCGCAGUCUCGAGGUCCUCCACCGCCUAUGCGACAGUCUCGUGGCGGAUACUCGCCAAAUCCCCAGGCGGGAUGGCAACCUAACGGCUCGGGGCCUCCCCCACAACAACGCGCACCACCACCUCCCCAUCAGCAACGGCCCAUGCAUCCGCAGAACGUCCAGCAAUAUCCCCCAAAUAUGCAACAGCGACCCUAUCCCUGUCGUCCUCAGUACCCUCAUCCUCAGCGCCUGGACUCCCGUCCGGGGCCUCCUCAGUUCCAACAGCCAAACCCGCACAGUCGACCUUUACCUCCACCAGCUCUCAACACGGAUCAAUAUAGAUCACGUUCAAUGGCAAGGCUAGGGGGGCCUCCUUCCUACCAGUCGCCGCAAUCACAGUUCCCUCCCACCCCUGUCAAUGCUUUCCGCCAGCCAUCAUAUCAUUCCAUGGGAUCUAGAACAGCCCAGGGCCGCAUAGUUCCCGAAAGACAUGACAACGAGCGAGCCAUGUCAAUGAGUUCUUACUCUGCAGACCGUGAUCAUGCCCAAACGAUCAGUUCCGGGAGGGUCGUGCCGAGUAGAAGAAGGGAAUCAGGUCUAGAACGAGAGCGACCAGUAGUUAUGGACCGCCAUUAUGCGGAUUCACCAGCUUCGAUGCAACCCGCAAUGGAUGAGCCAGUGGCCCCUGUGCACUCUGGACAUCAUGUGCUGCCCACACCACAAGACCCUCAAUUCCGCGUAAGGCAUCCUAGUGAAAGCUCUGUUAAUUCACGUACUUUGUCCAUGGCAUCAACUAUUGCCCCAGAACGCAACAAUAGCAUGCAAAAGCCCGUUACAACGAAAUCAACCAACCACUCAACGGCGGGACCGCCUCCAACAAACAAUGUCCACCGCAGAACCCCGCUCGCUUAUCCAGCUCUCCUGUCUCGAGUAGCCGCCGUAUUUAAGGAGAGGAUCUCUGUGGGCGAACGUAUUAAAAAUGACUUGGCUUACACGAAUGCCUUUACAGGCGCAGAAGCUGUUGACUUGAUAUCUUACAUUAUCAAAACGACAGACCGCAACCUGGCCCUACUCCUUGGUCGAGCUUUGGAUGCUCAAAAACUGUUUCAUGAUGUUACGUAUGACCACCGACUACGAGAUGCCCCAGGCGAACUCUACCAGUUUAGGGAGACGCUAGGUGAGGAGUCUCCUGUCAAUGAUGUCAACGGUGUAUUUACCCUUUUGACGGAAUGCUAUUCUCCAACUUGUACCAGAGACCAAUUAUGUUACUCAAUUGCUUGCCCGCGACGACUCGAGCAACAGGCACGACUAAACCUCAAGCCUCAGCCAGGACUGAGACCAUCUGCAUCUAAGGGCAGUCUUCACGACCAGGAGGAUAAUGAUGAUCAGAAGUUGUGGAUCAACAUGGUACCCAAGGAAGUGGCCGAUAGUCUUGAGGACCGCGAGAAGAAGCGACAGGAAAUCAUAUUUGAGAUGAUGUAUACCGAGCGCGACUUCGUCAAAGACUUGGAAUAUUUGAGAGAUUUCUGGAUGCGCCCACUACGCUCCCCCAAUAACCCUAGUCUUUCCCCCAUACCAGAGCAUCGUCGGGAGAAGUUUAUACGGACAGUUUUCGGGAACUGUUUGGAGGUGCUGAGCGUCAACUCCAAACUAAGCGAAGCGCUUAACGCGCGGCAAAAGGAAACUCCAGUUGUUAAAACCAUCGGCGACAUUUUCCUUCAAUUCGUCCCUCGUUUCGACCCCUUCAUCAGGUACGGUGCCAACCAGCUUCACGGAAAAUAUGAGUUUGAAAAGGAACGAUCGUCGAACCCUGCAUUCGCCAAAUUCGUUGAAGAAACAGAGCGCUUAAAGGAGUCUCGAAAACUUGAGUUGAACGGUUAUCUCACGAAGCCAACGACUCGAUUAGCGAGGUAUCCGCUUCUACUGGAAGGUGUGGCUAAGUACACUGCCGAUGAUAAUCCAGAUAAGGAGGACAUUCCCAAGGCCAUUGUUCUUAUACGAGACUUCCUUUCUCGAGUGAACACUGAGAGCGGAAAGGCAGAGAACCAUUUCAAUCUUGUGCAACUAAACUCGGCCCUGAAAUUCACUCCGGGUGAUUACGUUGACCUUAAGCUCACGGAGGAGAACCGAGUGAUGCUGAUCAAGAUGGCAUUCAAGAAGGGUCCUACCGAUUCAGCGGAAGUUACUGCCUAUCUGUUUGAUCAUUCUGUCCUACUUGUUCGAAUAAAACCCGUGAACAAACGGGAGGAGUAUAGAGUAUACAGGAAGCCUAUUCCGCUGGAACUUCUUGUGAUCACUCAGAUGGAAGAAGUGCUGCCUAAACUAGGUAUUCACAAACGCCCUACUGCCGGCGGCCUGAUUCCCGGCGCGAGGGCAGCUAAUGCCACCCCAGCUUCAUCCAAGGAUGGGUUGCCUGUUACCUUCCGCCAUCUGGGUAAAGGUGGUUAUGAGAUAACCCUUCAUGCAACAUCACAAACUCAGCGGAAACGGUUUAUCGAGCUGGUUGAAGAGCAGCAGAGGAAGCUACGGGAGCGAAAUAGCAACUUCUAUUCGAAAACUAUUCUUUGCGAGAACUUCUUUAGCGCUGUUAACAGAAUCAACUGCUUGGUUCCAAUUGAUGGUGGUCGAAAACUUGUAUAUGGAACAGAUAAUGGCAUUUAUGUAUCUGAACGUUGGCCAAAGGACAAAUCCGCAACUCCAAAACGCGUCCUUGAGGCCAGUGCGGUAACUCAGAUUGAUACCUUGGAAGAAUACCAGUUGCUUCUGGUACUAGCCAACAAGACCCUCAGUUCCUACCCACUGGAGGCAUUGGAUACGAGCGAUAACCAGAGCGCGAUGGUUCGACGGCCAAAGAAGAUUCAAGGACAUGCUAAUUUCUUCAAAUCCGGUAUUGGCUUGGGUAGACACCUGUAUCCUUUGCAGGAAUUCUACAUCCCCGCUGAAUCAUCUUCUGUUCACUUCCUACGAUCAACUCUCUGCGUUGGUUGCUCUCGUGGUUUCGAGGUUGUCAGUUUAGAAACUACCGAGAGACAAUCUCUCCUCGACCAAGCCGACACUUCACUGGAUUUCGUGGCAAGAAAAGAAAACGUCAAACCUAUCCAUAUUGAGAGGCUCAACGGAGAGUUCCUGCUCAAUUAUUCCGAUUUCUCCUUCUUCGUUAACCGUAAUGGAUGGAGAGCUCGACCAGACUGGCGAAUCGCUUGGGAAGGCAACCCUACAGCAUUUGCCCUCUCGUAUCCAUACAUCCUUGCUUUUGAACCUAGCUUCAUUGAAAUUCGACACCUUGAAACCAGUGAGUUGGUACAUGUUAUGACUGGGCGAAACAUUCGUAUGCUACAUUCUUCCACAAGAGAGAUAAUAUAUGCAUAUGAAGAUGAAAGCGGAGAAGAUGUCGUCACUAGUCUAGAUUUCUGGAACAAGCCUGCAUAA